AUGGGUAAGUCAGAACGUGAUGUUUCAGGUGAAUCAUCACCAGAUGAGAUCGCAGUGGAAUCUGAGUCAAUUCACUCUUUCCUGUUCUUUGGUCAACUUGCAAACAUCUCUAAAAAGUUGGACUCUUUAGGUGUAGAAAGUAGAGGUAUUUCCAGAGUCCCUGCUUAUGAGCGUUCUACUAAUAAAACGAAGCAGCUUAUUUCUGUAAUUGGGUUAUGGUUAUCUGCAUGUGGUGGGUUGUCUUCCAUGUCAUCGUUCUUCUUGGGUCCCUUGUUGUUUGGGUUAGGGUUGAAAAAGUCUUUGAUUUCUGGACUAAUUGGUAGUACUUUGGGCUGUUUUAUUGCUGCCUAUUGCUCCCUUAUGGGUCCUAGAUCUGGCUGUAGGCAAAUGGUAUCCGCUAGGUUCCUUUUUGGCUGGUGGACUGUCAAGUUGGUGUCCUUUGUUAGUGUGUUGGGGGUAACUGGGUGGUCUAUCGUAAACUCCGUUGUAGGUGGUCAAAUUUUGGCGAGUAUGAGCAAUGGUAAGGUACCUUUAUACGCUGGAAUCAUUAUCAUUGCUGGGCUUUCGUUCUUUGUAGCCACUUUUGGAAUUAAGCAGUUAUUGAGAGUGGAGGCAUUUUUGGCUAUUCCAGUGAACUUGGCCUUCUUACUUCUUUACGUUGCUGCAGCCGGUAAAUACAAAUACUUGAGCAAUGAAGACCUUGCAGGUUUAGAUAGUGCUACAUUAAGAGGAAAUUGGCUAUCCUUUUUUUCAUUGGCUUACUCGGUAACUUCUACGUGGGGUUCCAUCGCCUCUGAUUAUUACAUCUUGUUCCCAGAGACAUCUCCUGAUGUGCAGAUUUUCACCAUUACCUUGUUAGGAAUCUUUAUCCCUACUACUUUCGUUGCCGUAUUAGGGACAUUACUUGGUAAUAUUGCCCUUAGCUAUGAACCAUGGUAUGCUGUCUGGGAAGAAUAUGGAAUGGGAGGUUUACUUGUUGAAGCAUACUCGCCCUGGGGUGGGGGUGGAAAGUUCUUGGUUAUCCUUCUCUUCAUGUCAUUGAUUUCCAAUAACAUUCUUAAUACUUAUUCUUCUGCUUUUGGGGCUCAGUUAGCAGGUGUUGUAUUCGCUAAGAUCCCCAGGUGGUUCUGGGCCAUUGUUGCUACUGUGGUAUACUUGGUUUGUGCCCUUGUUGGAAGAAACAAGUUUUCUACCAUUUUAGGUAAUUUCUUGCCAAUGAUUGGAUAUUGGAUUUCCAUGUACUUCAUCCUUUUAUUAGAAGAAAAUGUUAUUUUCAGAACUGACAGAUUUAUUCAUUUGUAUACUAAGGAAUUCCCUCGAGAGGGAGAAACGUCUGAAGCAGGAAAGUCGAUCUAUGAUGCCAAAUACGCUUCAAGACAUAACAAGCACUACAACUUUGAAAUUUGGAACGAUUACGGAAAGUUAACUAACGGGUACGCUGCCACUGUUGCGUUUAUUGUUGGUGCUACUGGUGCUGCUGUGGGAAUGUCCCAAGCCUAUUGGAUAGGACCAGUAGCUGUAUUAGUUGGUGGUGACUAUGGUGGAGAUAUUGCCAUGUGGUUAUGUAUGGGAUUCAGUGGGAUCACCUUCCCGGUCCUUAGAUACUUUGAACUUAAGAGAUUUGGUAGAUAG